AUGGCCAAAAGGUUUACGAAGCCUGCCAUAAACUGGGUAGAACUUGAAAAGAGAGUUCCUCCAGAACAGAAAACUAAUUUCUUUGCUUUUAAAGGUAAAGUCGACUCGUACUUGCGAAGAGUACUGGCAAACCCGCCUGAGCCUCCGAAAAUAAACUGGGAUGAAUAUCAGAAAUCAGUACCAAUACCGGGGCUUGUUGACAAAUUCAAGAAAGAAUACGAAGCCUUUAAAGUGCCUUUUCCUCAGGACACGCUAACAUCAAAAGUUGAGGAACAGUGGAAAGAACUAGAACCCCAGAUCAAGGCCUUCUGUGCGAAUUUGCAAAAAGAAAUCGAAGCAUCGCAAAAAGAGUUGCAAAGAAUUAAAUCACUUCCAAAAUUCGAAGAGAUGACAAUGGAGAUGUUUUACGAGCUAUACCCUGAUCAAGCUCUCGAUCCGGUAAAUAAGCCUACAUUUUGGCCGCACACUCCCGAGGAACAAGGUGUGUCUCCUGAGAAAACUUCAACGAAAGGGGGGUAUUGA